AUUGCCUCUGUUGCCAUGGCAACCCGCAGCAGGUUGCCAAGCGAGGACGGCUCUCUUUCGAGCAGUGGAUCUGGGAAACUGAACACUGGCAGAAGCUCCACAGCUCGCAGAUCCACAAUACAGAAAACACCCAAAGAAGAGCAGCACGCCAGAAACGACCAUUAUGACUCUCUAACCGGCUCUCUGCGCCUCAUCACCAUCAAACCCAUGGCGGCUCCGCUCAACUAUUCCUAUCCGGACUCGUCCAGCCACAGCCAAGACUCUGUCAUUCUCAACGGAGAGGUCAACAUGGGGCUGAAGCAGAAGUCGGACAUUGAGCAUUAUCGAAAUAAGCUGAGGUUAAAAGCCAAAAGGAAAGGUUACAGUGACGGGCCGGGCAGCAGCGGGAGUGGCAGUGGACACAUGUACAGCCAUCGGGACAGGCUGAGGCGCGAAAACGCUUCCCUGGACCUGGAGGAUCUGAGGGGGCCCAAGGAGGACAGGAAACCCUCCACUUAUGUAAAGUACCGCAGGAGUGAUUCCCACAGGGAGCCAGCAUAUUGGAGCAGGCAGUCUCUGAACACCCCGAGCCCAGUGGAGACGGAGAUGGACAUGCUGGUCAUGAGGGAGAGAUCUAGAAGGGGUAUUCGCAACAGUGGCUAUGAUGGUGAGCCUGAACCCUUUGAAGAGACGGAUGUGGACCGUCUUCUGAGUUCCCUGGGCUUUGGAGGUGGCCACCAGGUUAAAGGCCACUCCGACUCAUCCACUCUGAGCUCACAGCCCUCCAUCGACGAAGUGAGGCAGCAGAUGCACCUUCUCUUAGACAACGCCUUUGGUUUAGCCUCUGCCGAACCAACCCCAGCAAACCACCACCACCAUCACCACCAUCCUCACAGUGCUUACAACCCCAGUCAUGGCAGCCCUUACCUGGAUGGAGUCACCAGCGCACCUGGGACUAUGAACCACCCCAGUGGAGCUCUACAGCGCGGCUCCUCCUUUGGGCCAGACAUGCACCAGUGUAGCCUCCCCAAACCAGGAUUCAGGUUUACCCAGCUGCCUGAUAUGGGUUUGGGCUCCCCGCCACCCCUCAUUCCUCCAAGAGGUGGAGUCCCACCUGGAACUUCACUUAGAUGCUCCACACCAGACAUGAGUCUGAAGCCGCGGGUCUCCGAGGCCUCUGAAAUGAGUCAGCACAACGGCACCCCUUACCUGCCCAUCAACAGAGCUCCGUUCCCUGCUGUCACUGUCGACGAGUCCAUGACCAGCUACUCAGGAAACCCAAUGACAGCAGUAUAUGCCAUAUCUGCCAACCGGCCCGGGUACUCGGACUACUUCGUCCUCUCUCCACCGUCCUCGUACCGCAGCCCGUCCUGGAUGUCCUACCCUCCAGAACCAGAGGACCUUCCGCACCAGUGGAACGACACAGUAAAGAACCAGUGUCACCUGGAGACCAUCUGCUGAACUGGAGUUAUUUCUGAUGUUGAGCAGACACAGAAUUUUAACAGGGGUUGCACACCACCAAAAAGAAUCCCGGAUUCAGCGACCCCUAACCGACCACAACACUUGGUUAAAAACAGCCAACCUAACCCCAAAGCCACAAGGUCACCUGCCAGCCUAAGCGAGAUGCAGCACCCGAUGAACCAACGUCUACAGUGAGGGUAAAACCCACCACAACAACAACCGCUCACUGGCCAAAACUGUGUUUUUCUUAAAGCUUUUUCAAAUUAAGAAGUGUUGUAUCUUAUGCAGGUGGUUUUAUGUGCAUUUUAAACACUUGAUUACUAAUAACAAACAACUAAAACACUUUUUUUCUUGCUUCAUCAAUGCCUAUCUGUGUCUUUUGCUCUCAUUCAUGCAUUUAAAAAAAAAAAUGUAGGUGAUUUUUUUGUGCACUCUCUAUGGCUUAUGUACGUAAAAAACAAACAAACAACGAUGAUGACGAUGAAUGAUGUUAAAGAAAUUGAACAUUUGAAGGGAUGUGACAUCCUGUACUGUAUUUACUGUAGUCAAAAUGCAAAAAAAAACAGUAUAUGCUUUUUUCUUUCUCUCAAAAAAUGCCAUAGUUUAUGCUGUAUUGAAGUGUCUCACGAUGCACAACCGUUCAUGAAAGGCAUGAAUUGUGUUUUACGUGUGAUUUGGGAGGAUAGCCAUAAAGUGGACAAAUGAUGAAUGGAUGGAGGGAUUCAUAUUUUUACUAGCCUUUUUGUAAGAGUAAGGAAAACCGACAUAUUAUAUUGCCUUAUAAAAAGGUACCAAAAUAUAUAUCUAUAUCUAUAUAUAUGAGAUCAAGUAUGCAGCAUAUGCCAAAAUUGACUUGAAAUCUAAUUAAUUGAAAAGUGUAGCAUAGUAUUAUAAUAUGACAUAAAUUUGCUACAACUAAGCAAGUACGGUGUUACAGAAGUAACAUUAGGCAUGUGUUCUUAUAAGAAUGAGUCUUAUGCAUGUAGUUUGGACAUAUGAAUCAUAAGGGCUUUGUAUGUCAAGAAAGUCCCAUAUUUUAUUGGGCAGUUAUAGAACGGAUGUCUACUGUAAAAAGAGUCAUACAUGGCAAAUAUCCCAUUAAGUAGUUGCUACAUGUUACUGUACUUUAAAAACCUUUCUUUAAUUUAUUUUUGGGGUUAAAAGUCUGUUUUGUUGCGAUGAAUCAAGCUAGAUAAUCGGAUUAUGAAAAUAACAUAAUGUGUUGUGUAAAUUAUUACAAAUGCCACUGUUGUUUGAUUUGUGUUGAAAUGAACAUUGUCCUUUCUGUUUAACUUCGGUGGUGCGGGGGAUGUGCAAAUAUCAUGUAAUUAAGGUUUUCUUUUCAAAAGUUUUUAUAUCAAUCAAAUCACCCUCUUUUUUUGGCCAACAACGAAGGACAUUCUGCUAAAAAAAAAUGCUACCAAUGUAAAAUAUUGUGCUUCAGAUGUUAAAAAAAGACAAAAAGACCAAAAAAAAAAA